AUGAGUUUCGAGACCAGAGAACUUCUAUCACUCUUACUAGUCUUGGUUCUCUCUCUAGCCAUUGCCUUCACUGCUUCGGCAUUGUCACAGGGCAUCGAUUUCAGCUUCCAGACUUUCAACGAUAGUAUCAUUCAACGCCAAGGCGAUGCGACGUAUGAUACGAGCAGCUCCAUCCAAAUUACGGAGGCCAAUCGACACAAGAUCCUCUCUUCAAGCGUGGGCUGGGCCACGUACCACGAGCCGAUGCGCCUUUGGGAUAAGGCGACAGGGAACGUGGCGGAUUUCACCACCCAAUUCACCUUCGUCAUCAAUUCACAAAACAGGUCGAUGUACGCCGAUGGAUUGACCUUCUUUCUUGUCCCCAAUGGGUCUCGACUCUCGCUCAACUCAAGCGGAGGCAACCUGGCUGUUGUGGAUCGAUAUCAUGACCCUUCCAACUCUUCUGCAUGGUUUGUAGCCGUCGAGUUCGACACUUUCUACAACCCGUUUGACCCGAAUUGUUCACAGGUUGCACAUGUCGCCUUCAUUUGGUUUCGUCAACGUUCGAAGAGAAAGAGAACUUACACGGGUGGAGAAGAAGAAGAUGUAGCGAUCGAAGAAGAAUUCGGGCAAAUGUCAGGGCCCAAGAAAUUCUUCUACAAGGACUUGAUCGUAGCAACCGAUAAUUUCGCAGUGGAACGGUUGCUUGGGAAAGAGGGCUUUGGAAGAGCGUACGAAGGUUACUUGACCAGCGUGAAUGCUAGUGUCACAAUCAAGAAGAUUAACUCAGGGUCAAGAUAA